CAACUUACAAAAAUGGCGUCUGUUGAAACUCCCGACGCAAACUCGAACCGGGCAGACGAUGUCGGUGAUGUCCCUUCAAAAAAGCUUCCCGUGAAGGAUUUGUCCGACGCAGUGAUAUGUUACGUCGUACUACCAGAGGAUGACGCCCAGCCGCUAUUAGUGUCGGAGAUACGGGCGCGCGCAGCAAGAGCGAAAAAUGUGCCGCCCGAGCACAUCGGACUCGUCAACGG